AUGCUCAACUGGGUCACGGGGCUCGUGGCAGACUACGACUUGGAUGCCUUUCGCUUGGACACGGCCAUCUACAUUGACCCGACCUUUGUGAGUGAGGUUCAACAAGCCGUUGGCAUCGAGAUACUCGGCGAGGCAACAGUGAGCAAUCUGACGUACCAGGCGAGCCUGAUGCGCAACGCCAAGGGCGAGCGGGUCCUGACCGGGCUUUUGAACUUCCCCCCAUUUUAUCAGGUGCCGUCUGCCUUUUGCGGCUACAUUCUGGAAUCCGAGUUCGCAAACUACAGCACGCAGGGAAGCUGGAAAAGCAAAGCCGACAUGACGGGACUGGCCCAGGUGAUGAAAGCUCAGCUUGACUCCGAUCGCUACGAGUCGUUAGAUUUGCUCGGUAACUUCGUCGACAAUCACGACGAGUACGGUCGAAUCGCGCACUACUGCCAGUCGGACACCGGACGUAUCAAAAAUGCACUGGUGUGGCUGAUGCUGGCACAGGGCAUUCCGAUUGUUUACUACGGAACUGAGCAAGGCUUGUUGGGGCACCAGUGGCACGGGCCAGGAAACCCGGGCCAAGAUGGGCUCCGGGAGUCGUUGUGGCAAAGCCGCUUUCGCACCGACACAUGGCAGUACCUCUUCAUCGCCGCCCUGAACCGCGUCCGGAGGGACUACAAGAUCGGCGCUGGUUCCAGUGAGGUCAAGUUCUUCUCCUCUGAGUCACUGAUCUUCACCCGCGCCAGCCAUGCGGGCAAACAUGAAGCCUGGGUGUUCCUGAACAAUGCUGCCAACACCACAGCCACCUCCACUUUCCGAUACUGUCCUGGACCGCUGCCCGGCAUCGAUGGCCAGGCCUGGUUCGACGCGAUCUCGGGCAAUCGGAUGGACCAGCGACUGUCGAAGGGCUGCUUCCUGGCCCCCGAUGCGGAGCCCAAAGUGCUUGUGUUGCAGACGGACAACGUGCUCAUCGAGUGA